AUGAUGGCUCUGCGGUUCCUCCUUGGUAUGGGAGAAGCCGGAUUUGGUCCCGGCACGCCCUUUCUACUCUCCUUCUUCUACCGUCGACAUGAAUUGGGUCUACGCUGCGGUCUAUUCGUCUCCUCCGCUCCUUUAGCCAAUACUUUCGCCGGUGCGCUGGCCUACGGAAUCACAUCCGGCCAUCCCAAGCUCGCUAGCUGGCGACUUUUGUUCCUCGUGGAGGGGAUUCCGUCCUGCCUGGCCGCCAUUCUGGCCUGGUUCUUCCUCCCCGAUCAUCCAUCCACCGCUCGAUUCCUGACCGAGGAGGAGAAGGAAGUUGCCCGGGCCAGAUCGAUCCAGCGCAGUGGCGACGGAGAGCGCGUCACUGGAGUCGACUGGAAGGAUAUAGGUCGGACUUUGUUGGACGUGAAAGCCUGGCUUGUUGCCGUACGUUCACUCCCAAAAUAA